AUGACCGAAUCCACGAGCGAACCUGCCGGUGGGGUAACUCAAACCGACGAUAUACCUUUUGAGGACAAGCCAUCGCCAUGGCUGAACAUGAAAGCCCAAUAUUUUUGCGCCGUCGGUUGGGCAAGAGGCCUACCAACAGGAUCUUAUGCGGACUUGGAAGCUCAGUCGUCGUUUGCUGACCCUGAGGUAAGCGGUCAGUUCAAAGGGGGAGCAUGCAUGGUUAUGAUCGUGAGAUAUCUAGACACUCCCGUCGGUCCUUACGAUGAAAUCUUGUGGGUCCCUGGAUGGUUUGAAGUCCCGCCUAAAAAGGCAAGCAACCCGCGGGUAACGAGGAUAUACGUCUCCAGAAAGGAAUCCAUUUACAAUGGUACAGUUUUCUUCCGGCAGGAUCAGUGCAGUGCUGCAUCCCAUACCGAUUUUGGGCGCAAAAACUGGAACAUCCCUAAACAUUUAGCAAACUUUAAAUUCACCCCAUCAGAAACGCCAUCGACUAUGCCCUACUCCAGCGUGGAAAUAUCUUUGCCCUCUAACCCAGAUCAACCAUUUGUCGCCCUUCAAUUCUCCCCGCUGACACUAGUAUCCAAACUCAGCUUCCCGGUUCACACAUCUUAUGUCCCUGUCAACCUUCUACUGGGGAUGGCACCUAUUCCAGAAAGCGAGUCCUGGCGAGAGGAUGCUUUGGUCGGGACCAAGGAAUGGUGCCACGCAAGAGUUGAUAUCUCAGGAUGGGGUAGGAUGAUGCGUGUCGAGGGAAAGCUUGGAGACGGGCAGUCCUUCCCUGAGCUUUCAAUGUCCAGUUAUUGGGUGUAUAUCAAUGACGCGAAACUGAGUUGCAUGUCGAUUUGA